UCUUCAUUUAAUGUUUUUGGAAUUGUUUUUGCUGCUAAAAAUCAUUUUCAAUUAACGAUGAAUAUAAAGAAAAUGGAAAAAGAAAUUCAUCAAGCGGUCGUAUUGAUCGAUAAUGAUGAACAUUUUGCUCCUAUUGAGCUAUCCAAGCCAAAAGUUCUGAUGAAUUUAGUCGAUCGUCCAAUGUUGCAAUACACAAUCGAUAUGUUGACAUUAUCAAAUAUUGAUGAAAUUUUUCUAUUCUGUGGUAAAUUUUUUGAAGAAAUUAAAAAAUUCAUCGACGACUAUAAACGUAAAGUGUAUGUCAAAUUGAAUAUUCAAAUAUUUUUCUCUGAAGAUUACACAAGCCUUGGACCGGUGAUGAGAGAUCUGUAUUCUCGUGGAAUAAUAAAAUCAAAUUUUAUCCUAAUACAUGGUGAUUGUGUAGGAAAUCUUAGACUGGACAAAAUGAUUGAAAAACACAAGGAAAAUAUAAAAAAAGAUCCUGGCUGUGUAAUGACUUGUAUUUUUCGUAAAGUGUGGCCAAAUCAUCGUUCUAGAUCAUCGCCAAAUCAAAAGACAAUGAUAGCUUUGGAUUCUCAACAGAAAAUAGUUUUGUUUGAAAAAUCCAUGAAGAAACGCGCCGAAAUACCAACGGAUUUAUUUGAAAGAAACUCUUGUAUUUCGAUUCAUUAUGAUCUACUUGAUACUCAAAUUGCUAUCUGUUCGGAAAAAGUUCCACCUGAUUUUUCGGACAAUUUUGAUUUUGAAACCCGUGAAAAUUUUAUUCAUGGUCUUUUGGCUGAUAUUGAACUGCUUUGUCAUCAUAUUCAUGUGGAAAUUCUUGAAGAAGGUUAUGCUGCUCGUGUCGAUAGUAUUCUAGCUUAUCGUAAUAUAAGUCGUGACCUAUUGCAACGGUUCGUUUAUCCAAUUGUUCCGAAUGGUCGUGUUAGUGAUAUUAAUAUUGAUGAUGAAAAUAUUGAGUGUUUACAAUUGGAUUCUGAUUCUGGCCAUAAUGAAGAAAUGAACGAAAAUCAUGAUGAUGAAUGUGAUUCAGAUAGUACAAAAUUUUCCGAUGCUUCCGACGAUAGUUAUGAUAGUUUAGGUGAUGAGUAUUCAGCAUUCUACAAUGAAGUAUAUGAUAGUGUUUCACGAGGAAUUGAAGAACAUUCCAUCGCAGAGAAUAUUAUAUUGGAGAUCAAUUCAUCAAAACAUGCAUAUAAUGUUCCGGUGAACGAGGUGAAUUCAUUGGUAAUCAAAGCCGUUCUAAAUUUAGCACUGAAUAGUGAUGGAAAUUUUUCAUCCACUGUUAAAUCAAAUCUAAAAUAUGGUCUACCUAUAAUUCAAAAUUAUAUCAAAAGUAUUUCAUCACAAAAUGAUUGUAUCUAUUCUAUUGAAGAAUUUCAACUACAAAACAAGGAACUGGUUACCAGCUUACAUUUGAUCAAAAUAAUUAAAUUUUUAUAUGAAGAAAAUGUACUUGAAGAAGAUUUGAUUUUAAAAUGGUUUUAUAAGCCAAAGAGUCUUUCGGAUCAUGUCACCAGUGAACAGGAAACAUUACGAAAAUCAAAAGAAGUGGGCCUUUUCAUUAAAUGGCUUGAGGAAGCUGAAGAAGAAUCCACGGAUGAUCAGGAUGAUUAAUUGAUUAAUUAAUUUCUUUUUUUGAUUAAAUUGAUUUUUUUAAAUAUAAAUUUUUUUUCAAUA